AUGAUUAUUUUUAACUCUUUUAGCGCACAUGGCAGCCCAUGGGUUUCGGCUAUCACUAAAGCCCACGUAUACUACGAUGGAAGAGUGACAUGGGAACCGCCCGUUAUUUAUCAUUCGUUCUGUACGAUGAAUGUCGAAUGGUAUCCAUACGACAUACAACAAUGUGAGCUAAAAUUUGGCAGCUGGACGUAUAGUGGCACACAACUGGACCUGAUGCAUCUGCUCUCGGAUGAUGUGAAAUAUGUGGUUCGUAAGAACGAGAGCGAAUGGGACGUAGAGCGAGGAGUUGAUGUUUCAGGCUAUCAGGUGAGUGUGUAG